AUGAUGCAUCCGGGCAAUGCUCCUCCAAUGAUGCACCCGACCAAUGCUCCCCCAAUCAUGCACACGGGCAAUGCUCCCCAGGCCAUGGAUACCAACAGGCCUUCACAACUGAAGAAAAUUCCAGUUAUUGAUGACAGCAUGGAGAGCAGCCCAGGCAAGACCAAGGUCACGGUAGCUCAGUUUUGCCCAUACCAUGAGCGCAGCGUGUUUCACACCGCUGAGGCCUGUCGUUUGAACCCCACGAACCAGGCAAAAAACCCUCUCUCAUUUGCCACAGUUUCAGACACAUACAACAACUAUGAGAAACUGCGGCAAACCUUCCAAAACACGAACUACCACACCGGGUAUGCAAAGUACCGGAAGUUCGUCAGCAUCGUGUACGGGGACACGGUGAGCCCGGAAGAGUUCAUUCUCAAGUGGCGGAAUGCACUUGAUGAUCUGAUGAGAAACUGGGGGCCCUCCAACAUGUCUUACAUGUUCCCCUUCUUUCAGCUGAUCACCGCAAUAUCAGCACACCCUGAAACGUCGGCGUGGCUCAGCACCCUCAACAUUGAGGAGACCACGUCGACUAAGGGUGUGCUGAACUCGACCAUUGAAAAGUUUAUCAUGGCCGAGAACACUCGCCUGGGAAUAAGACCCCCGGGUGAGGAGGAGGGUGCCGUGGUGCCUCCGGCAACCCAGUAUGGCUGGCAGCCCCCACCAUACUACCAACAGGCCUAUCAAGGGCCUGUGUGGGUUCCUCAAGGGUACCCGGGUCCAGUGCCCCCUGGACCAUCAGCUUAUGGGAUGCAGUCCCCUCACAGUGGGUACCCGGAUCACGGCCAUUAUUGA